UGCACGCGGUCGAUUUUUAUAUAAUUAUCGCUUACGAAUUAAAUACAAAAAUUGUAAAAAUAUGGUUUUAAAAAUUGCAAUAAUUGGUGCUGGUGUUAAUGGUUUAAGUUGUGGUGUACAAUUAGCUAAAUAUUAUAAAAAUUUAGCUGAAAUAACAAUAAUAUCAGAAGUAUUUUCACCUCAUACGACCGGUGAUGGUUCAGCUGGUCUAUGGGGUCCAUAUUUAAUUGGUUCAACAAAAUCUGAAAAAAUUAUUGAAUGGUCUAAAAUUACACAUGAUUUUUUUGAAGAAUUAUGGUUAUCUGAUGAUUCUGGUAUUGCUGGUAUUUGUUUAAUACCAGCAAUACGUGUUUCAUCAUCAAAUGAUGAUAUAAUGGAAGAUUUUUGGAAAGAUAUCGUUUAUGGUUGGAGACGAUUAACAAAAUAUGAAUUAGAAAAAUUAAGUAAUGAAACUGGAAAUAAAUUCGUACAAGGAAUGCAAUUUAUGACAUUUACUGCUGAACCAAUUAAAUUAUUACCAUAUUUAACAGAAAUAUUUAAAAAAUUCAAUGGAAAAUUAAUUGAAGGAAAAAUUGAAAAUUUUAAUGAUUUUGUUAAAAAUUCUAAUUAUGAUGUUAUAAUUAAUUGUACUGGUCUUGGAUCAAAAACUUUAAUUGGUGAUAAAAAUGUUCAUGCAAUUCGUGGACAAGUAGCACGUGUACAAGCUCCAUGGAUGUAUUAUACAUAUUUAGAUGAAGCUAGUAAUGGAAAUUAUAUUAUACCAAACACUGAAUCUGUUGUUAUUGGUGGUACACAUCAAAUGGAAGAUUAUAAUACAAUACCAGAUGAAGGUGAUAAAAAAUUUAUAUUAAAUGGAUGUAAACAAAUUGUACCAGCAUUAGAAAAUGCAUCAUUUUUAUUUGAUUGGGUUGGUUUAAGACCAGGUAGAACAGAAGUUCGUAUUGAAAAAGUUAUUACAGAUGAUGGUAAAAUUAUAAUACAUAAUUAUGGUCAUGGUGGUAGCGGUGUUACAAUAUGUUGGGGUUGUGCAACAAAUGUUCUUGAAUUAUUAAAACCAAAAUCAAAUCUUUAAAUGGAUUCAACACAUAUUAUACAUAUAUGGAAUCUUUAAAAUCAUAACGAUUCUAAGCUUAAUAUUUUCAAAUUAUUUUAUAUGUCUAAUAAUUGUGUUUAUUCAAUAUCUAUAAAAUUUAUAAAAUUUUUAAAUUAAAUUUAAUGUCUAUAUUUAAAUAUGUAUUUGGUUGGGCACAAUUAAUUUUUAGAUAAAAAAAUAUGUAUUUAAAUAUUUAAAUUUUUACCUUGCAAAACACCAUAUAUUAAUACAAUUUUCUGGUUUUAAAUUUUUUUUUAAAAAACGUACACAUUGUUUUACUAGACCCAUUAUUCCAACAUAAUCAGCAAUUGUUAAAAUUUCAUAAAUAUUAUUUUCAUUAAUUGAACAUUUUCUUAAAUAUGCAUAAUCAAUAAUUUUAUUCAUUAUUUCGGAACGAAUUUCUGGUAUAAAAACAUUUUUCUUUUCUUCAGUUAAAGAUGUUGUAAAUAGAGCUCUAUUUUAACAAUUAAUAAUAUUAUAUUAUUGUAUAUAGAAUUAUAGGUAUAAUAUAAUAGUUUAUAUUUAAAUGUAUAUAGAUAAAAUUAUUAUAAUUAAUUCAAUUUUUAAUAAACAACAUAAAUGAUUUCUAUAAAUUAAAUGUUAUAGAUUUGAGCUAAAGGUACUAGAUUUGGAUUGAAAUACAGGAAUGUUUAGGGUCUUUCCAAGCUUUUUUUUUUUAUUAAAUAAAUUAAAUUUAAGUAAAAUAUGCUUUUGUACUGAAUUUAAUAUCUAAUUAUAUGAUUUAUUCUUAAAACAAUUAAAAAUUUAAUUAUA